AUGUGCUUUAUUUCUAAUUCUUAGUUCUUGGCUUUUUUUUUUUUUUUGCUUGUGCAAGCACUUUUUAAAAACGCAACAACAAUUGUUUAUUUCUUUUUCAUCAAAUCAUUGUACAAUUCCUUUUCUACAUCCUGAAUUAGACAAUAUUAAUUACAUAAAUACUAUCUACUAACCUAUAGUUAGCGGGAAAGUAAAAGGAAUUAUGAGGUCUAAUUCUCAUGUUUUUAAAUUAAGUACUGUUGAGACUUGUUUCACGUUGUUUGGAUCAAUAAGUAAGCUUGCAUGUUAACCUCUUUUAUCACCUAGAUCAACAUUAAUUAGAUAAUAAUAGAGUUUUGCCUAAUUUAUUUAUUUGUUUUUUAAGUAAGGAUUUUUCAUGUCCAAUCACCUCGCUAUUUAAAUUUCUGUUAAUUAAGGUUUAAUCAAGUUUACGUGGGAUAUGUUUAAUUGUUCAUUUUAUAUUUAUAGAGAGCUAGUUACAAAGAAGGAAUGGCUUCGCCAACUAUUGUUCGAGAAUUACAGCGUGACCUAGAGAACAAAGCCAAUGAUCUUAGCAAACUUCAAAAAGAUAUAUCAAAGAAUCACCAAAUUAGAAAGAAGUACACUAUUCAACUUGGUGAAAGCGGGCUUGUUCUCAAGGAAUUGGAUCUAUUGAAUGAAGAUACAAAUGUUUACAAGUUGAUAGGCCCGAUGCUUGUGAAGCAGGACAUGGCAGAGGCUAAGGCCAAUGUUAAAAAGCGAAUUGAAUACAUAUCCACUGAACUGUAUGUCUUUUAUUUUUACUUAAGACUCUUUCAGUUAUUUGAGUUAAGUUCUAUUAGUUUUCUCUGUUUGAGAAAUAGAAGUUGUUUGAUCAUUUCGCUUAAACAACAUUAUUCAAAGGAUACGUGCAUUCUUAAUGUGUGAUGGGGGCUCACAUGUUCCUUCUUGAUUUCAUUAGAACUAUGCUUCUUGAGUUGUGGAUGCUAGU